ACACACACACACGCACAAACGCGAACGGUUAUUUUCGGUUGAUUGUGAGACAAACACCAAACAAGGAGAGGAUGAGGCGAGGAGGGCAAUCCAGCAUGUCGAGCCAACGCACCGAGGACCUGUUGGAGGGAGAGAACGACAAGGAGCUGGGCUCCCUCUUCAGCAAAGUGUCCCAACUCAAAGAGGUCACAAUCGGUAUUGGAGAUGAAGUUCGGAGACAAAACAGCUUCCUCGACGACAUGUCGGGAUCGUUUGAGGAUACAGCGUCGCUGUUGGGCAUCUCCAUGAGAAAAGUGAAGGCGCUCACCAACUCCAGCAGUGGCCGAAUCAUGUGUUACAUCGUCGGGUUCGCCGUUGCUGUCUUCUUUGUCAUCUACGUGCUGAUCAAAUGAUGAUAACGCACCACCGUUGAGGGCCUCGCAGUGCAGUCGUUCGUCGGUGUGUUCCUACCCUGGUCGUGCUUCCCAUAUGCAUCGCGGAUCUGGUUUCGCUUUGAACGUGAGGGCUGUUUGUUUGUUGGUUCGUGCGUGCUAAGCACUGCACAUGGCCAUUUUGCUCUCACAGACGUUAAGUUCACACCACGUGUGGCACUUCUCCGAUGAUCAGGACCCGCUUUGCUUUGCACCCUCACGUGUGUACCUUUGCUUCUCCCCAGCUCCCAUUCCUUGAACUGGUCACCGAGAGCGGUGUGUAAAGUUAAAUGACAUAUCAACCAAUAAGCAAGCAAGCAAGCAAG